AUGUUGCUGUACAACAACAAGCAGAAGAAAACCCAGAAAGUGAAGAUAAACAGGUUCCUCGUUAGCAUAAGUUUCCUAGGAAGUGCUGGCCCGAUUCGUUUUGUUGUCAAAGAAGAUGAAACUGUAGCCAAUGUGAUUGAUUACGCCCUCAAAUGCUAUUCCCGUGAAGGAAGGCUUCCACUUCUCCGAUCAGAUCCCAGCUUUUUUCUACUCUACUGUCCUUACUCUGCAGCUGAAGCAUUCAAUCCAUGGGGGAAAAUCGGAUCAACAGGAUCGAGGAACUUCGUUCUGUCUAAGAAGUCAGAAUCUCAAAACCUUGGAGACUCUGUGGAAACGACGACAACAACAACACGGAAGACAUCUGGGAAAUGGAAAGUCUGGCUCAACAAGUCUCUAGGUCUUAUGGUUCCUUCUCACUAA